AUGGCAUCAUAGAAUAGAUUCAUUACACUAUUCGAUUAUUCGCCCUAUACCAGAAAAAAAAUAAUUUACAGCCACCGCCAUUUGAUUCAAGCUGGAAAAUCUGCCGCCAGUUGGGACAAAGAGCAAUUCAAACGCAUCAGAGUUAUUGUGAGAUUUAGUGAAAUUUAUUCGCAGUUAUUUAGAUCUUUUUAGCGAAAAAAAAAGAAAACCAAAUUCAAUUGAAAUAAUAAACUAAAUAAUACAACAAACAUCCGUCGUACGUUUGCUCGCUCGCUCGCCACACAAUGAGUUACCAAGCCGAUGUCUUGAAUGCUGCUCACUUGGAAUUGCAGGGGGGCAAUGGCGCUGAAUUGCGCCGUCCCUUCGACCCCACUGCUCACGACUUGGAGCCAACGUUUCGUUUGACGCGUUUUGCCGAUUUGAAGGGCCGAGGUUGUAAAGUUCCCCAGGAGGUUUUGGGCAAGCUGGUGUCGGCCCUGCAACAGGACUACUCGCUGCAAGAUCAAGAUGCCCAAUUCAUGAACAUGGCCAUUCCACGCAUUGGCAUUGGUCUAGAUUGUUCGGUGAUCCCCUUGCGUCACGGUGGCCUUUGUCUGGUGCAGACGACCGACUUCUUCUACCCCAUUGUUGACGAUCCCUACAUGAUGGGUAAGAUUGCCUGUGCCAAUGUGUUGAGCGAUUUGUAUGCCAUGGGUGUAACUGAUUGUGAUAAUAUGUUGAUGCUGUUGGCCGUCAGCACCAAGAUGACGGAGAAGGAGCGUGAUGUUGUAAUCCCACUGAUUAUGCGAGGCUUCAAGGAUUCAGCUCUGGAGGCAGGUACCACUGUGACGGGUGGUCAGAGUGUGGUCAAUCCUUGGUGCACAAUCGGUGGUGUGGCCUCCACCAUAUGCCAGCCCAAUGAGUAUAUUGUACCCGACAAUGCCGUCGUGGGAGAUGUGUUGGUGCUCACAAAGCCAUUGGGUACCCAGGUGGCCGUGAAUGCCCAUCAGUGGCUGGAUCAGCCCGAACGUUGGAAUCGUAUUAAGUUGGUCGUUUCCGAGGAGGAUGUACGCAAAGCCUAUCACCGUGCAAUGAAUUCCAUGGCCCGCCUCAAUCGUACGGCCGCCCGUCUUAUGCAUAAGUACAAUGCCCAUGGUGCUACCGAUAUUACUGGUUUUGGUCUGUUGGGUCAUGCCCAGACCUUGGCCUCCCACCAGAAGAAGGAUGUCUCGUUUGUUAUUCACAAUCUGCCGGUUAUUUCAAAAAUGGCCGCUGUGGCCAAAGCCUGUGGUAACAUGUUCCAAUUGCUCCAGGGCCAUUCCGCCGAGACAUCAGGUGGCCUGCUCAUCUGCUUGCCUCGUGAACAAGCCGCCGCCUACUGCAAAGACAUUGAGAAACAAGAAGGCUAUCAGGCCUGGAUCAUUGGCAUCGUUGAGAAGGGCAACAAGACCGCCCGCAUUAUUGACAAGCCCCGUGUCAUCGAAGUGCCCGCCAAGGACUAAACAAACUCUAAUAAAAUGUACUAAAACAACAACAACAAUACCAUGUAAGAGAACCCGCAAGGAGUGAUUCGAUUCGUUCGAUGCAAAUCGAGUAAAGAAAGGAGGGGUGCUGCCGCCAACGUUUGUAAUUUUAAAUAAUUGUCAACGGGUUUUGUCGUCUCUAGCAUUUAAACGAAAAAAAUAAGAAAAAUCUGAAAAUUCUUCUCUUCUUUGUUUUUAAUUUUAAAUUUUAGAUUUUUGCGCUUCAAUAUUAUUACAUAUUACAAAAAUAAUAACUUAGAUCUUAUUAUCUGAAAAAAAUGAAAACUAAAAUCGUAUAGCUUAAAAGGAUUCUUUGUAAUACUACUACUAUAAUUAUUAUUAUUACAAUAUUUCUUCUUCAUUUUUCUAAGAUAUCGAUUUUAAAUUGAGCAUUAAUUAUAUAUUGUUGUGAAUAUAUAUAUGUAUAUAUAGGCUAUGUACAUGUAUUAUCACUUGCCUCAACAAGACAAACAAAAAAGAAAA